AUGUGGAUAAAACCACAAGAAGUAUUACUUGCAAAUGCAUUUUGGGUCACAGAGAAAGCAACAGUUUAUUUUGUAUUACAACGGCGUAAAGGACAUGGAAAAAGUAAAGGACUGUCGUCAAUAUUGGUGGGAACGAUUGACAGUGUUUUCGACACAAAACCACCGCCUUUUAGAAUACUCCACCAAACACCGUCUUCAGAAGUCUAUUGGGCUGUCGCAUGUUCCUUGACACAUGAAGAAAUAUUGCAGAAUUGGGACUGGUUACAUUCGAACCUUAUGGACACCUUGAAGAGUUUUGAUAGCGAGGAAGAAAUAACUGAGUUUGUUUGUUGUAAAAUCCAGUCUAUUAUUGCUAAUAAUGUGCCAGAUUGUCAGUUUGCAGAAGAAGAAGAUCCACAGUCAUUCAAAACAGCGUCAUACAAAUUUCACCAACUGUUUAAUUUACCGAGUGAAGACAAGCUUGUUAAUUACUACUCAUGUAGUUAUUGGAAAGCUAAAUUACCUCGACAAGGGUGGCUGUAUUUAUCAGUUAACCAAUUAUGUUUUUACGCAUAUAUACUUGCUAAGGAAACAAAAUUAAUAAUAAGAUGGGCUGAUAUUAUUGCUUUGGACAAGACUAAUUCUUUAGUAUUUCCUGACAGUAUUCGUGUCGUAACGCGAGACAAUAAAGAGCAUUAUUUUUCAAUGUUUUUGCAUAAAUCUGAGACCUACUCGUUGAUGGAGCAACUUACGAAUAUUGCAAUGAAACGUCUGAUUGAUGAAAAGAGUGGUUUUAAUGAAGACAGAGAAUUGUUAAAUAAAUUAAGUAAAAAUGUACCGAAGAAGCCUUCAUUUUUAAAACGUGAUCUUGAUGCAAGAGCACAUUCCGAGUCAUAUAGAUUACAGUUUAGAUUACCCGGAAACGAAAAAUUAGAUGGUAGUAUUGACGCAACUUUGUGGACACCGUAUAAUAAACGUCAUGUCUGGGGGAAAAUUUUUUUAUCACAAAAUUACCUUUGUUUUGAAAGUCGUGUAAGACAAUUAGUAAGCCUAGUAAUUCCAUUACGUGAAGUAAGACUAGUCGAACCAGCGGAUCAAUCACCAAACUCAUCGACAUCAACGGACAAAUCAAUUCUCGUGACGACACCUCGUUCAUCAUUUUUAUUUGCUCAAAUUCACGAUCGUGAUUUUGUCGUCCAAAAAAUAUCGGAACUCUUGGCCAAAACUAAGUCAGUUCAAUUGAGUUCGAAUCAUGUAUCGCAUUAUCAAUCAAAGGAGGAAAACGAUAAAAAAAAUAGUUGGUCACCACAGCCACCACUGAUGACACUAUUCAAAGCGCCGUUGAGUAUAGAAGCUGCUGUAAAGCAAGAGUCUAAAGAAAAACAAUGGGAAUUGCAUUUUGCUGAGUACGGCCGUGGGAUAACUAUUUAUCGGACUGUAGAAACCGCGAAACUGGUGAUUCAAGGUGUACCACAAACUCUUCGCGGUGAAGUUUGGUUGACAUUUUCCGGCGCUAUUAAUGAGAUGGCGAUGAAUCCUGGUUUGUAUCAAUCGUUAGUGAAUCAAUCGCUUGGGAAAUCGUGUCAAGCUAACGAAGAAAUAGAACGUGAUUUACAUCGAUCGUUACCAGAGCAUCCAGCUUUUCAAUCUGAUACAGGAAUAAGCGCUUUGAGACGAGUAUUGUCUGCUUACGCCUGUAGAAAUCCUCAAAUAGGAUACUGUCAAGCGAUGAACAUCGUAGCGUCAGUUCUACUGAUCUAUUGCUCAGAAGAAUCAGCCUUUUGGCAACUAUGUAACGUCUGUGAAUCUUUACUUCCUGACUACUACGACAGACGAGUAGUAGGUGCUUUAGUAGACCAAGGGCUUUUGGAAGAAUUAGCCGCCGAGCAGUUACCAACUCUUCACGCGAAACUUCAAGAACUUGGCUUAAUACGAGUGAUAUCGCUGUCAUGGUUUUUGACAAUAUUUCUAAGUGUGAUGCCAACAAGCAGCGCAGUAAACAUAAUGGACUGUUUCUUCUACGACGGUGCUAAAGUAAUAUUCCAGAUAGCGCUCAUGGUGCUGGAGUGGAAUCAAGAUAAAUUGCUGGAGUGUCGCGAUGACGGAGAAGCCAUGCAAUUGCUGACUGACUAUCUCGGUGGAGUUUACAAUGACGAGGGGCCUGUUUUGCCACGACCAGUUGACAGCGCUGUUCCCCCAAGAAGUAUAUCAGUCCAGACUUUGAUAUUCGAAUCGUAUUCACGAUACGGGACGCUGUCAAUCGGCAGGAUAGAGCGACUGAGAUUGAAGCACAGAUUGCGCGUCGUUCAGCAUUUAGAAGAAGGUAUAGAGAAAAAUGUGAUAAGAAGCGUCGUUGUAGAUAAAUUUAUGACGAGCGAGGAGCUACAAGAGCUGCUUAGUUUAGUCCGGGAAGAGUUGAUGAGUCAACGUAAAUCCGAGCCUGAGAGAUACGAUCCGACCCAGCCGCCUUACGAGGCAUACAAAGUUGACUUUGAGCUAUUUCGAAUCCUCUUUGGCGGUUUAUCACCCUGGGGAAAGUGUUCGCAGGCUGAAUCGCUCGCUGCGAGAUUGUUCCGUCUGAUGGAUCGCAAUCAUGAUGGGUAUCUAAAUUUCCGUGAAACUGUACAGGCUAUUGGUAUCACCGCGACUGCUGAUGCUGCUCAACGAUUGAAAUUACUUUACACACUCCAUUUACCGCCCCUGUUGACCCCAGUCGACAUAGAUUCGCCUACGCACUCUGAUGGUGCUGAAAUAGCUGCUGAGGCUACGGAUUUUUUUGAUACCAUGGAACAGAGUGUUGCCUCGUUAGAUUUGUCAGUUAGUCUCGCCGAGGAGCCGUCUCCUAGUGGAUUGUCACGCUCGAUUAGCCUCAAUAGUCAACAAGGUGAUCAGUUUUGGGAAAGUCAGAGUAUGGGAAGCUUGAGGUCAAUGCUAGAUUCUAAAGAAAGUCCUUUGGAGCUGAGAAAUGUUCCGAAAAUGUCCCAGAGGCACUUUAUUGCGCUUUGGAAAACUCUUUAUGACAUGUUUCCCACGCAGCCGGAAGACCAAGAUAUUUAUCAUUCAAUUGCAUCAAUUGGUACGUUAUUGCUGCAGCUAGGAGAUGUUGGUAAAAAAUUUUAUGUUGAUCGUGAAGAAUCUGAGGAUAGCUUAUUACUAGCUGCUGAUAGUCAAACAAAAGCGACUCGAAUUGAAAGAUCUCCAGACCGUAAUGGAAACCCCUCGACGAGUAUCUCAUCAGCAGAUCCAGACUGGUCAAUAACUGUCGAGCAAUUUCUCGCUUCGGCAUUAAAUGGUGCACCCAUAACUGAAUUUUUUAGCAAACGUGCUAAUUUAAGUGAAGCUAUUGCAACACUUCGCAAUAGAAGAUUUAACCGAGUACAUUCAUUGUCUGAUACGCCCGUUCUACAUGUAUAG